GGACUGAUCCAUGAUGUUUAUUUAAGUGAAAAAUAUCUAAAAACUUUGUACUGUAUAAUUUUUCAGAGCUGGUAGGAUGAAAAGGAAAAGGCUAGCAAGAUCUCAUUCGAGGAAGAAAACCUCCACCAUUGAAAAUGGAAUGACUCGAGUUCAACGCGUACGCGAUGAAGAUUACUUUCAAAACCUGUCCCUGGAAGUUAUUUGCCUCAUUCUUGGAUAUUUACCCCUUAGAUAUAUACUGAGAAUGGACUGCAUGAACCACAAACUCAGAAAUGCUGUGUCCAUGUUCUUACGCAUUCAGAAAGAGAUUGACAUGUCAGAGAGAGAUAUAUACGGCUGGAUGUGCGACACCUUGACCGACAGUACACUGACAUCUUUCUUGAAGAGGUGUCAUGAUGUUGAGUACCUUUACGGAUUUCAUCCAGGAUUUAUGACCUUGAGACGUCAGCGUGGUGCUGACAUGCUUACACUUCCAGGAAUCAUUGAUGCAUUGUCAGAAUGCAAAAAUUUGAAAGGAAUUGAAAUAUCAGAUGUUGUGCUUCUUCAUGCAAUGAUGGACUUUUUUCCACAAUUAGAAAUUCUUGGAACGUUUAAAAAUAGGAAUGGAACAUUUCCUAUCAAUUGUUCGUCUUCAUUAACUUUAGCAGAGAAUGCAAAAAUUACAUCCUUGAAUCUUAAUGGCAUUGUUAUUGAAAAUCUACCAAAAAUGUAUAAUUUAAGGCAUCUUCAGCUUCGCUGGGUACACUUUCAUGAGUCGCAUCCAUUUAGUGAGUUUAUGGCACCAAAACUGCAGACUUUUGUUAUGGCACAUUGCUCCGGCCCUGUUAGUGCCAUCAAGUAUGUCCCACUCAUUGCAAGUCUUGCAAGCUCCAGAUACCUUUCACGACUUGAGCUACUACGUGUUCCUUUCCUUGGGGGCCUUAUUCAUCAUGUAGUGCAAGAUAGCUGGCAGAUGAAUGCAUUUCGCCAGUUGCGCUGCAUCAGAUUUGGAGCAUGCCGUCAUGCCCUUGAAAUGGAUCUUGGGUUCCUUAUUAUAACUGCAGCUCAAAAGAUAGAGGAAGUAAGUGUCCAGCCUUCUCUGACCAAAGACAAUCUAUUUGUUGCCUUGAUGAUGGCAGAUGUCUCUUUUCCUUCAUUUAAUACACUACAUCUAGGAUUUGUUGAUUCUUUUCCAGCACCAGAUAAAUGGGACAAUGAGGAUCUGAUUGUGGAGGGUUUGGCCAAUGUGUCGGAGGCACCAGCAGUCAUUACAGACAUUGGAAUGAGAGCAGUGGCUGUAUGCUUUCCUAGACUCAAACAUCUGGAUAUCUACAAUUGUCCUCAUAUACUGAGGCCUACUCAGUGGUUCACACAAGGUCUAACUUGCUGGGAUCAGCUGACUGACUUGUCAUUGAGAAGAUGUCAUGCUUUGAAAAUUGAAGAUUUUUGUGAAUUCAUUCCUACCCUUCCAUCUCUUCAAACUCUCUAUCUAGAACAAAUGUUUAGGGAGCCACCAAAAGGAUGCUCAAGGGUUGGCUUAAGUGCUGGGACAGGUAUGGGACUCUCCUCUGCCAUGUUAAAUCAACAUUACCAAAACCCCCCUCCAGCAAAUCCAGUAGUCAAUAACAACAAUGUACAGGAUGAUGGAGCCAAUCAAAAUGAGGGAGGUAAUGCUGCAGCAAAUCAAAACAAUGACUUGAAUGUUCAAAAUGAUGGAAGCAAUGCUGCAGGCAAUCAAGGCAAUGAUAUGAAUGAUGAUCCAGCCAAUCAGAUCAAUGACAUGAUUGAUGAUCCAGCCAAUCAGAACAAUGACAUGAAUGAUGCUCCAGCCAAUCAAAACAAUGACAUGAAUGAUGCUCCAAUCAAUCAAAAUAAUGACAAUCAGAAUAAUGAAAGGGAACAUGAUGAAGUUGAUGAGGUGGCAGUCGAUAGAAGGGAUGAAGCUGAUGAAGAUGCAUGUGAUGAAGCUUCAGAGGAAAUAAUGCCAGAAAAUAAAGAGAAGGAAGACGAUUUUCAAGGGGAAAAUAUGGUGCAGAAUUUGGAUGGGCAUGAUGAGAGUGAAACAGUUAAUACUGACAACAGUAAUACUUCAGCACCAACAACAUCAAUGGAGAUUUCUAAGAAUAUGGAAGAGAGCUCAGAUUGUCCACAAAAUGAGAAAUGCAAUGCAGUGAAUGAAAGUGAGCAAAUAUCUAAUGUCAAUAAUUCAGAGUCUGAAGAGUGUGAAAAAGAAGAUAUCAAGAAUGACAAUGCCACAAGUAGUUCUCAGAGUUUACCUGAAAAUACAUGUAGCAUGAACAAGAAAAGUGAAAAGAUCCAGAGGGCUCCAUUUUCACCUACACCCAGAAUGAGACCAACUAGAAGUUGUGUUAAGCACCAAAGACAUAACUCGGGCAAAUCUGAUAGAACUUCAACUGAUCGCAAACAGAAUGAUCAAAAUGUACACAGUGCACCUGUAAAACGAAGGAAACUUGAAACAAACCAAAAUAUUCCAGAAGAAUCAUCAGAAAGAUGCGAAAUGAAUGAGGAUGGUGCUGAAUCUAAUGCUAAAGUUAUGCAGAUGGAUAGUUCACAAUGCCAAAAAUGUCUGUGCAACAGAAGUGAAAGUGAGAGAAAGUAUUCUAAAAGAAGAAAAUUGAGGCACAGAAAAAGUAAAGGAAAGAGGAAACCUGUUUGUAAAUGUGAAUGUCAUAGUGAUGAACAAAGAGACAAAUUAAGUGAUCAUGGAACAGAAAAUAAAGAUCAAGAGAAGAAGGCAAUGGAAAACAGUACAUGGUGUCCUUUAGAAAAACAGGACAGUGCUGACACCUGUGAUGUGAAAAAGGAAGUAAAAGAAGAAAAGGAAGUGGAAAAGGUAGAUAAAUCUUGUGAGGCCAAACCAGAGGAAAUCAGACAAAGUCUGUCCCAGGCAGAGGACUCCACAACAAGAAAAGGGAAGAAAAGAAGAGGAAGACAAUCAAAACAAGGGCAUUAUGAAGGUCCAAAGUCCAACAUGAGAGAUGAGUGCACAAGCACCGCAGAUCCUUUAGUAGAAGAGGAUCACGUACAGAUCCUAAAACUGAAGUCAAAUUCUCUGAUAUCACUGUCUCUAAACAAUGUGGGCAUAACCUGUCUGGUUCUUGAUGAAUGUCCACAACUGAGUAAACUCUCAGGUCAUGCAUGUAGGGUUUUAAAAGAGGUCAAGCUUAAUGCAGUUCCAAAGAUUCGAAAAGUGGAAUUCACCCAUUGUCCAAAACUCUCCGAGGAGAACCUGGCCUAUGAGGUGGCUCUUCAGGAGGAAACCUUGGCAGAUGGCCAGGCUCGAAGAUAUAACAAAGCAUUAUUUCUUAGACCAAUGCACAUGAUUGAUAAGGGAAACCUUGAGCACCUGCUGUUUUCCAGUCCUGAUAUACCAUCUGAUAUUUGUAUCAUCUAUGAUUACAAUGACCAGGCUUGUAAUAGUUCCUACAAUCACAUGAGAGUCUUCACCUGGGGAGAAAUUCUUACACCAUUAGCCAGUGAGCUAAUUGACGUCUACAGUUUUCUGGAAUGGAGCAGAAAAGAUUGGAAACCUAGCUAUCCUUGGGGCAGGGACAUUUUCAGGAUGUAUGAGAGAAAUGGUAAUCUAACUUGUCAUGAGAUUGUGACAGACAUGACCUUAAUGAGGAUACUGAAAGAGAAACCAAGGCUCCCAGAGAAUCAAAUACACCGCUUUGACCAUGCCCGAGGCAUAUACUGUCCCAACACCAAGGGUCACUACAGUGCUUAUUCAGCCUUGGACUCCAUCAUGGAUGAAAUGGCUGAUCAGUGGUGUGCUGGGAUGAAGGUCAGACGACACAGUUGUAUUAUUUAUAUCAACCUGAGUGACAUUAAUGGUGUUCCUACUUAUGAUCCAGAAUUUUCUUAAAAAGAAAAUAGUUGCAGAAUUUUAUGGGGUAGAUUUAGUGGCUGUUGUAAACUGAUGUGUGAUAGAUAUUGAGAAAACUAUGUUUAUUGCUUCUUGUGUAUAGCAUAUUGUUAAUAUUACACAGGUUCGUAAGAUUAUAUAUGAUUGAAUUUAUCACAGUUUUUAGUUCACAUUUCAAUUUCAAUUGAAUUGAAGAUCUAAACUCCAAAUUUGAAUUACAACCAAAAAAAAUAGCUAUAGUUAAGUAUCUGUUACGUAAAAGUUUUGUAUCUGUACACAGCUUUGUCUAAUAAAAUUU